CAAACAGUGGCAGGUGGCGUGGGGGUGGGGAAGACAAAUGGCGUCAAUGUGUACUGGGAAGUUUCAUAAAAACCCGAUGUCGGCUGCCAGGCCCGAUUAGGAUCUCCCGAUCUUGUCUUCCUGGCAAAUGGGGAAAUGGCCGUGGGCCUCAAAUGGUCGUAGGGCCCCGAGUUGGCGCCGACAUCUUUCUGCGUGGCAGUAUGUCCCGACACGCAUGCGUGGACGCCAUCUUUAUAGGGGGCAAGGUGCUGUGUGGCAUUCCAUUACUGUAGUAGGGAGGAUUUAAACUGAACAACUCAUACCAAGAGAAAUGUUUAUUACUUCUAGAUUUCUAUCAGGAACCGACAGUGAAGGAUUGUUUUGCUAAUUCCUUUGCAGGAUACUAAAUUAGGAGUAUUUGCAGGUGCUAAACUCAAAGACAAACAUAAUGGAAAUAUCUGGGAAAACACAGCAGGGCAGGGGAGUAUCCAAGGAGCAGGAGAAUCGACGUUUCAGGCAUAAGCCCUUCAUCAGAAAUGAGAGAUAAAUGGGAGGGGGGCUGUACCUCUAUCACUGUCAUCUACUGCAUCCAUUGCACCCAAUGUGGUCUCCUCAACUUCAGGGAGACAUGACGCCUUCUUGCAGAUCGUUUGAGAGAAUAUCUCUGGGACACCCGCACCCACCAACCCCACCGCUCCAUGGCUGAACAGAUUAGCUCCUCUCCCACUUCAUCAAGGACAUGCAGAUCCUGGGCCUCCUCCACUGUCAAACUGUUAUCACCUGACCCCUGGACAGAAGAAACCCAAAGGCUUUCUAUAGGGUGUUUGAAAGGGAGGAUUUGCAGUCAGAAACCUGACAUGUGAAAUCCCAUGUCACAGCAGGACCGGAAUGUCUUUGGAUUCAGAACAUGGAAGCAAAGAGCACCGUUCGAUGCAGAGAGAAACCGUACACGUGUUCUGCGUGUGGACGAGUCUUUAGCCAUUCCUCUGGCCUGUCGAGACACAAGCUCAGUCACACUGGGGAGAAACCGUGGAAGUGUGGGGACUGUGGAAAGGCAUUCACCUCACCCUCGGACCUGGAACGACAUCGGCGCAGUCACACUGGGGAAAGGCCGUUCACCUGUUCUGAAUGUUGGAAGGGAUUCAACCAGUUGUCCAACCUACUGCAGCACCAGCAGGUUCACACCGACGAGAGACCUUUCGGGUGUCCAGACUGCGGGAAGUGCUUCAAAAGGUCCUGGGACCUCAUGUCCCAUCAACGUGCUCACACCGAUGAGAGGCCGUUCAGAUGCCCCCACUGCGGGACAGGAUUCAAGAAGUCGUACAACCUGACCAUACACCAACGGCUUCACACUGGGGAGAGACCGUUCACCUGCUCGGAGUGUGGGAAGGGAUACACUCAGUUGUGUAACCUGCAGACACACCAACGGAUUCACAGUGGGGUUCGAGCAUUCAGCUGCCCCGAGUGUGGCAAGGGAUUUACUCAGUCAGCCCACCUGCUAAGACACCAGCAAGUUCACAAGAAAAUGUGACGGACGGAUUUUGCUGCGAAUCAAGUCCAAGGUACAACCAUGUUCUUUGCUCGUGUAAAUAGACCAUAGUUUAGUUAUAUAUGUCAAUAUCCUGGAUAAAUUCAAAUAAAAGUCAGCUUCGUGUGACCCA